AUGACUCCAGAUUUGGAAGCUGCACCAAAUAGUUCUGCAGAAAAAUAUACUAAAUGGCAUUGCCAAGUGAGAAACUGUGUAGAAAGAAUGAAUGGGUACCUCAAAAGCACAUUCUCAAGCCUAGGCAUUGACAGGGUACUCCAACAAAGUCGAAAUAAGGCUUCACAACUAAUAUAUGAUUGUCCAACACUAUACAAUAUCAUGCUACAUUAUAGAAUUCCAAUGAAACAACCAAUGGACAACUUAGAUGUAACGAGUGAAAAGAGCAAUUCUCUCAUCACAUCUGUGGAUCAAACCAGGCUGUUGACAAUUGCUCGACAAAAAAGAGAAGGAUUAAUAAAUACAUACUUCAACUAA